AUGGCGGAAGUUGCAACGGAAGUGAAGCUUUUUAACAAGUGGUCGUACGAUGACAUUAGCGUCGCAGCUGACAUCUCUCUCGAGGACUACAUCGCGGUGAAAGGCAAAGCCGCGACUUUUUUGCCCCACACGGCGCAGCGUUACCAGAAGAAGCGUUUUCGUAAGGCGCAGUGCCCGAUUACGGAGCGACUUGUGAAUGCUUUAAUGCGUAGAGGCCGCAACUCAGGCAAGAAGCUAAAGGCGACGCGUAUUGUCAAGCAUACGCUUGAGAUUAUCCACUUAUUGACGGACAAGAAUCCGCUUCAGGUGGUCGUUGAGGCUGUCAUUAAGUCGGGCCCACGUGAAGACUCGACUCGCGUUGGCUCGGCUGGUGUCGUUCGUCGCCAAGGUGUGGACGUCUCUCCAUUCCGUCGAGUUAAUCAGGCUUUGUACCUGAUUGCUACGGGCGCUCGUGAAGCUUCAUUCCGUAAUGUCAAGACCAUUGCAGAGUGUCUUGCUGAUGAGCUAAUUAAUGCGUCCAAGGGCUCAUCUAACAGUUACGCGAUCAAGAAAAAAGAUGAGAUUGAACGUGUGGCUAAGGCUAACAGAUAA